GCGCAGGGGCGGGCGCCGCGGCGCUCGGGGCCGGUGGCGGCGGCUCGGGGCCGGGGUGGGCUGGGCCGAGCCGUACCGUACCGUGCCGCGCGGCGGGCAGCCUCCCUCCCUUCCCGCUUUCCUCCAUGGCGCGGCACCGCUCGCGGGGCGGGCGCGGCGGCGCGGCGCGGCUGUGACGGGCGCUGGGCAGCCCGGGCUGGCCUUGCUCCUCGCCCCGGUGCCGAGCGGGGGCUGGGGGAGCGCGGAGCAGGAGCGGCGGCGGCGGCGGCCGGGGGCAGCCGGGGUGUCACCGCCUCUAUGAUGAAACUGAAGCCGAACCAGACGCGGACGUACGACCGGGAGGGCUACAAGAAGCGGGCGGCGUGCCUGUGCUUCCGCAGCGAGCGGGAGGACGAGGUGCUGUUGGUAAGCAGUAGCCGAUACCCAGAUCAGUGGAUUGUACCAGGUGGAGGAAUGGAACCAGAAGAAGAACCAGGAGGAGCAGCAGUCAGAGAAGUGUAUGAAGAGGCUGGAGUAAAGGGAAAACUAGGCAGACUGCUCGGGAUAUUUGAGCAGAACCAAGAUCGGAAGCAUAGGACAUAUGUUUAUGUUCUUACUGUGACGGAAAUACUGGAAGACUGGGAGGAUUCAGUUAACAUAGGAAGGAAAAGAGAAUGGUUUAAAGUAGAAGAUGCAAUCAAGGUCCUUCAGUGUCACAAGCCUGUUCAUGCAGAGUAUUUGGAAAAACUGAAACUGAGCUGUUCGCCCACUAAUGGAAAUUCUGUGGUUCCCCCUCUUCCAGAUAAUAACUCCUUAUGGACCAAACCUAUUUUGUACAGAGUGGAUACUGGAUGGCUCUUAUACCACUGAGCCUGUGAAACAUCAAGAUUCAGUUCUUCAGUGGAGAACAAGGAGGAGACAUGAUCACAGCUGCAAGCUUCAGAAUGUCAACUUUGCAUCACUUACUUUCUCCUAGCUGUUAAGUUUUGAGAUUGAUUAUUUCCAUGAGAAUAUAGUAUCAAACAGAAAUGGCCUUAAUCUUUAAACCCAGGUAGAGCUUAACUUAAGUGCAGUGGUAUGUUUUUGAAAACUGCAAGAAAUACAGAGGUAUUGCAUAGAGGCUGUUAAAGUGAAAAAUCUUACUUUGGUGCUUAUUGUACCAUUGACUUAGCCUAGGCUAUUAACAAUGUGCUGUGGAAAAAAAAUAAACAGUUGGUUUACUAACCAACAUGCUUUCCAAAGUGAAGACUGAAAGGAAGGGGGAGGGGGGCAAUUUUAAGUUGUAAACAUUUUGACUUGCUUGCAUGAAUUUUCUUUAAAGAUUGAUGUAAGAAUUUUGACUUUUUAUAUUUGAGAUAUACCAAAAUAAAAUCUAAAAUACUCCUGUGGA